AUGCCAUCAAAGAGAAUCGCAAUCAUCGGAGCGGGUUGUAGCGGCUUGGCUGCCGUCAAGACGUGUCUGGAAGAUGGUCUACUUCCGGUCUGCAUGGAGCGAGAGUCGGGACUUGGCGGUCUCUGGAACUAUUCGGAAACAUCGAGGGUCGGCAAAGGAAGCAUCUACAAAACAUGCGUGAUCAACACGAGCAAGGAGAUGAUGGCGUUUAGCGAUUUCCCGCCCCCAGCUGAGUUCCCGACUUUCAUGCCGCACCGGUACGUGUUGAAAUAUUUCCAAAUGUACGCCGAGAGGUUUGGACUCCUUAAAUACAUUCAGUUCAAUACGUCUGUACUGAACGUUGUUCAGUCAGAGAAAUAUGACGUCGACGGCACCUGGGACGUCACGUACUCGGUCACAGGGGGCGAGGUUGUGACGUCAACGUUCGACGGAGUGCUCGUGUGCACGGGUCAUCACACGUUUCCGUGUACGCCGACGUUUUCCGGUCUCAGCCGCUUCCAGGGAAUCACUAUGCACUCGCACGCCUACAAGGACAAUACGAAGUUCUAUGGCAAGCGGCUGCUGAUUGUUGGCGUCGGCAACUCGGCCGUUGAUAUCGCCGUGGACCUUAGUCACGUGGCGUCCAAGGUAUUCCUGUCAACGCGCCGCGGCGCAUGGGUGAUUAGUCGGAUGGGGCUGUGGGGACUUCCAGCAGACGCCAUGGCAAACUGCCGCUUCCUGUUCUCUCUGCCCAAGUCGGUGCUGCAGUGGAGCGUGGAGAAGAUGGCGAACUUUCGGUUCGAUCACGAGACCUACGGCCUCAAGCCAGUGCACAGAGCUCUAGAAGCACACCCGACUAUAAACGACGAACUGCCUUACCGGAUAAUGACCGGAGCACUCCGAGUGAAGCCCAAUGUGUACGAAUUCACGGAAAAUGCCGUGCGUUUCGACGACGGAACCUCUGAGGAAAUCGACGCCGUCAUUUUUGCGACUGGGUACGAAUACAAGAUCAACAUACUGGACGAGUCUAUUACACGGAUUAAGAACAAUGAGACCACGCUUUAUAAAUACAUGUACCCACCGCAGCUGAGUCCCCCAACUCUGGCACUAAUUGGCCUCGUUCAGCCGAUAGGCGCCGUGAUGCCCAUCUCGGAAAUGCAGAGUCGCCAUUACACGCAGGUUAUGAAAGGUAAUAUACGACUCCCCAGUCAGAAGGAAAUGUUAACGGACAUCGACUCAAAAAGGGAAGCGAUGGCCAGCACGUACGUGACAUCACAGCGCCACACGCUGCAGUGUUUCUGGAUCGAGUACAUGGAUGAGAUCGCCACAAUCCUGGGAGUCAAGCCAGACAUGUUUGUCCUGUUCAAGGAGGACCCAAUGUUCGCCCUGCGCUGCCUGUUCGGACCCUGCGUCCCGGCUCAGUACCGCCUGCAAGGCCCAGGAAAGUGGGCCAAGGCGAAGGAAACCAUCAUCCAAUCAAUGAACAGAUCGCGGGCUCCAAUGAAAACUCGCAUCACACCCGCUUAUAACUUUGCAUGCAAAGAAACCGUUGCCACACCAGCAAUAUCAAUUCCAAGGAAUCUUAGGUUCUAUUUCCUUUUUAUGGUCGUAUUCUUCUUGUUUUUCUGCGUUUGCAUGGGUUGAAAAUGGCAGACGUCCCCGAUCAGUUGUGCUCAUGUUCGUUUUAUAUCAAAGAAGGAUUGACUCCAGGAAUCGACCCGCGAAAACGCAGAGAUUGCCUCAACGAAUUUAAAACUGUGAGUAACAAGCACGUGCAAACUGGAAAUGCACCAACCUCGAAAUGGCCAAAACGAGCUCGAGUUACUUGCGAAUGACAUUGAAAAACAUUCAUGUUUAUGCGUAAUUAGUCAAACACGUCUUCUGCUGUCACGAGGUCGAAAAUGUGCAUGCAUAUCAUCAGCUAAAACAUAACAUCAUCGCGAUGAAACCUUCACCACCAUCAUCAUUACCGGCAAUAGUUGCAACGACAGCCGCCAUAUAACAUCAUAUUAUACUAGUCAUACUUAUAACAAUAUUAGAUUGUCUAAAAAGAAAUUGGUGUGUGAAUAUGGGAGAUCCAUUUGUAAUUAAAUAUGUAAAUACAUAUAUUCAUAAAACGUAACUAUCCAUAUGGCAUCGAUUUCGUAAGUAGUAUUUUAAAUAAUAUUACCAUGGCCCGCUGAGAGCCGGAUCAUCUACUACAAGUAUUUAGUUCGCUGGAUUCGCUGAGCUAAUAUUACCAAUUAAUUAAUAAUUAUCCAAAUCGUUUGUGUGAGCUUAUGUUAUUUCUUGACCCGCCCUGCUAUGAUUGUAAUGCUCACGUGCCAUAUGUAGAAUCUUGUAUUUGAUUUA